AUGCACGCAAAGGUUCUCGCGCCACUGGCAGGCAGCCGCAUUCAGGCCGCUCAUAAAUUCCCGCAGCUGCGCCUGCAACCGACGCAGCACCGGCUCAUGACACGGCGUCGGCAGUGCAAUCUGCCACUACGUCUCUUCCACCCCAGUAGUGUCGACUUCGCCAAGCGCGAGCUGGAGGCUGGUCGGAUUGUGGAGGUACGCCGAGAUGACAGCUUGCUGGUGGCUCUGGGCUUCUACGAGCCGCAUCUGCAGCGUGUAGACGUGUUUGACAUGACACCGAGCCUGGCUUCCAUUUUACCAACAAUCAAUGAGGACUCCUUUAUGGCCCGCGUAUACGAAGCGUGGGAGCGGCGCCGGCGCAUAAUACCGCAGACACAGAGCAAUACGUACCGCAUCAUUAAUGGGUACGCGGACAGUUUGCCGUCCCUCUUCGUGGACGUUUUCUCUGAGUGCUUUGUGCGCGUCGUAGCAACGUCAUUUGGGGCGGAGCGGCUCGUGCCGCCCCUCUUGGACUUUCUGUCUCGCCGUGGCGCUGAAGAGGUGCUCUUGGACACCCCGACCCUCGGCGAUGCGGCGCGGGUGUCUGUCAUCACACCCACCAUCCCACUCCCUCAGAUGUAUGUGGAGAGCGGCGUGAGUCACCUUUGGCUAAAGCCCGAGAUGCGGAUGUCGUCGACAGACAACAUCUUUCUCAUCAACCCCGCUCAUCGCCGCAUCCGCCGCAUGAUGCGCGAUGUUGGGAGGGGAAAACGCGUCCUCACGAUCUACGACCGCAGCGGCUCGGCGGCGAUGCACGCCGUGAUGACGGCGAAGCACGUCACAGUCGCCCACCGCGAGGAGGCAUCGCUGCAGUGGGCGCGGGCAAACCUCAUAUGCAACCACUCCGCAUCCGUGUUCAAGACCUGUGAAACCGUCUGCUGCGAUCCCGCCGAGCUGCGUGUGCGGCACCAGCAAGACGUCGUAUAUAUUGAGUGCCACCCCAAGUUUCUCAGUACCAGCAACCAGUGGGUGGAGCUCGUGCGUUCGCUCGCGAACAACAAAGUAAUCGGCGUUGGAACAGUGCUUAUCGUAGCCCAGGAAGAGGCGCCGCUUGGUGUCCAUGACCUCUUGCCUCGUCGCAAGGCUUUCUAUGAUGGCGACGAGAUCAAAGCCGACCAGGAUCUCCCAAUGACGCGUCGCCCUCUCGCCGAUGUACUGCGCAACGCACUGGAGCAAUGCCACUUGCGGCUCAAGUUUCUCCGCGCCUUCUCUGUCUCCUGGGACUACCCCUUACUGCCGGAGGCGGAGAGCGCCUCAUUCUCGCAGGUGUAUUUAGUGGAGGGCCCUGCGCUGGAGCAAGUUUUCCGCGUGUCACCUUCUAACAGCAGGACAGAGAGCAUCGAUACUGCCUUGUAG